AUGGCGGUGGUUGUGCAAGCCGAAACGAUGGGUGAUCUUGACAUCCCCACCAUUCCAGAAUCUCCAUCUUGCAUCGUACUUCCGACGGCAGCUAGGAACUACGAGCUCAAGACCAUACACUUUAACAUGAUGCCUUCUUUUCAUGGUCUAAGUUCGGAAGACCCACUUAGCCACAUUCGUGAAAUUUUGAAUAUGGUUUCCAGCAUGUCUUUGUCUACAGGAGUUACUGAAGAGCACUUGAGGUUGAAGAUCUUCCCUUACACUAUGAAGGACAAAGCAAGGACAUGGCUUAAUGGUUUGAGGCCGGGUUCACUGGCGACAUGGACUGAGUGUCCCCAUCAUGCUUUGCCUUUAUUAGUGUUGAUGCGUAUUUUCUACAAGGCACUGACAGUUUAUAGCAAAGCUGCAGUUAAUAAUUAUGCAGGGGGAUCGAUUAGGAAUAUGACCCCAACUGAAUGUCAAAAUUUAUUUGAGAGACUAGCUAUUGAGACGCAACAUUCGAAAGUCAGAGGUAAGCGAGCUGGUGUGUAUGAACUUAAUAAUUCCGACACUUUUGCACCGAGAUCGCAGGUUGACGCCAUUGCUAGUAAGUUGGACAUGCUUCUAGCGAUGAAUGGGCGUACAAUUCAACAAGAGCUAUGUGUCAUAUGUCAUGUUCCUGGCCAUGCCACCAUUACAUGCCCUCAAGGAGUGGAUUUCCAGAGUUUCCAGGCACAUCCAAACUUUUCUUGGAAAAACACCCAGAAUCAAGCCAAUCCACCUACCACCACAUUGGAGGACAUGGUGCGACAAUUGGCUAUCAGUCAACAGAAAUUGGAGGCUCAAGUGGGGCAAAUUGCAGAGGCAUUGAGUCGAAGAGAGGCCAAAAAAUUUCCAAGUCAAACUGAGAUCAAUCCGAACACUAGAGAGCAAGCCAUGGCAAUUACCGUUUGUGAUGAGCAGCAAAGCCGAGUUGCUACAGAUUUUGGAGAACAGAAAGCUGUUGAUUAUAAUUUGAAAAUAUCAGUAAUAUCGAACAAGAUUGUCACAUAUCAAGCAAAAGAACAGCCACGAUGUACAGUCAUGAAUGGUUGGUCUGACCCCGACAAACUUGCUCCACCCGUGAGACCUUAUGUCCCUCCAAUCCCGUUUCCGGGACACCUUAGAAGAAAUAAAGAAGAAGUGCAAUCAUUACAAAAGACAAACCCGAAGAGGGACGUGGAACCUUCUGCUGUGCAAGAAAAGAAUGAGUUGGAUGAGAAUAAGGUGGUUCAACUAACUGAAGAGUGUAGUGCCAUAUCACAAACGAAGUUGCCGCCAAAGCUUAAGGAUCCAGGGAGUGCACUCAAAAAGACCUCUGUGGGCAUACAAUUGGCCGAUCGAUCUAUUCGAUAUCCUAAAGGAGUACUAGAAGAUGUUUUAGUUAAGAUACAUGGAUUAAUUUUUCCGGCUGACUUUCUAGUACUUGAUAUGCGAGAUUGCCAAGGCACGCUAACAAUGACAAAUAAUGAAGAAACAGUGACCUUCAAGCCCAAGGCAGCACAAGUACCCCAAGAUAAAAUCCUCCAACAAGCGGUUUUUGGAAAAACGGAAAAAGGAUAUUCAGAUCCUUUUGAGGAAUCAACUGCUCUUACAAUUCUGAGUAACAAAAGGCAUACUUUGGAUGUUGAACUGGGUGUGGACGAAUCAGAAUGCAAGCCAUAUAUGUACAGAAAGAUACGGAUGUCUAGUUUCUGUAGAAUUUUACGGUUCGUGAAUCCGACGUUAGAUGAAGAAGAAAUUGAUGAUUUUAUGACAGCGGCUCAGUGA